AUGCUUCGGAUCGUGCUUCUGGCAGUGAUAAGCUGGCAGGCAGAUGGUAAUCAGCUUGUGAUCUUUGUUGCCAGACAUGCAGGCAAGCAGAUUGGACGUAUCCCGCGCGCUGUUUCUCUGCUUACUUCUGGUACACGUGAAGGAUGUUAUGAUGCUGAACAGGUAGAAGAAGCAGCAGAAGUGAAUUUUCCACGUCAAUAUCGAAAUAUUCAAAGGCCUUGGAUCUAUCCCGGCUCAUCUGCCAAACUAUACACAAGUCAAAAUCUGCAGUACACUUGGCUGUGGAUCAAAUCACUCGGCAUCAGAGGUUUGAAUGAAAUAACAGUUGAUGAUGUUCUGACAAAGCUCGAAGCUAGUGGAUGCCUGUUUAUGCCUUGGGGUUCUACGGUCCUUCGCGUUCUUCUUGAUGCAAAGCCGCUGGAGCUGAGUGGAGGCAUAAGCUGCACCAUGGAACAGGUUUUUAUUUUUACUGGCGUUCUUACCCGCUCCUUUAGCGGUUUGCACAUGAAAAAUAGCGUGUUUUUGUGUACACAUAUUUUCGUAUGUAUGUGA